AAACCGUCUGAUUUCCAUAAACUUUGGACACUUAUUUAUUCAAAAUGCUAUGACGAUAUAGUUUGUGGUCAUUGAAAAGAAGGUUCCUAGAACUAUUUUUCUUCAGCAUAAUGUAAAUAUCUUUAAAAAUGUUGUUGGGGAUAAAAAUGGGACGUUAAAUAUUACUGGGGUAUCUGAAGGGUGAAAAAGCUUUCAAGAUGGACCAAAGAAGGGUCCAGACUACUCAGCCGCGCAAGGUCGUUCCCAACACAGUGAAAGAAGUUGCGAUAGUAGAAAAGAAAGGGGGCAUAGAGGAAACGCAAGAAGUGCCAUCCUCUGCUGGGGAGGUGGUGUUGGAAUGUCCAGUGUGCCUGCAGACCUGUGUCCAUCCUGUCAAACUGCCCUGUAAUCACAUCUUUUGCUUCUUGUGUGUGAAAGGAGUAGCCAACCAAAGUAAGCGGUGUGCGCUGUGCAGGACAGAGAUCCCCACUGACUACCUGUAUCGCCCAGCUCUGGUGAAGAGAGAGGAACUAGAGAGGAAUGUGCCACAGGAUGAUGAUACCUAUCAGUGGUUCUAUAAGGGAAACAAUGGCUGGUGGCAGUAUGAUGAAAGAACCAGCAAUGAACUGGAAGAAAAGUUCAAGAAAGGGGAAACUGCCUUUGAGUUAUUGAUAGCUGGGUUUUUGUAUGUCAUAGAUCUUGAAAAUAUGUUACAGAUAAGGAGGAAUGAGCCUGCUAGAAGGAGAAAGAUAAAACGUGACUUGUCAUCUGCCCCAAAAAAGGGUGUGGCUGGUUUAAAGAUAUGCAGUUCCAUGCCACAGGACAGAGAGGGUGCAUAUGGGAAGGAGGAUACAGCAGGUGCAGUUGGGGGGUCAACUACCACUAAAAGCCAUUCUUCUACUUCACUUGCUACUGCUCCCUCUAAUCCAGCCCCACACCAAGUUAAUGCCAACAUACAGGCAACUAGCAGCUCAAACUCACAGCUGCCAUCACAUACAUCUGGUGCCCCCACCUCUCAGCUGCCAAACCCCACUGUGUUUCCUGAUAGAGCUCUCCCUCCCAGUGAUGACAUGGUCGCUGGUGUGGGGCGGGGCCUUCAUAAUGUUAGUUUACAGGACUCUGAAGAUGAAGAGGAUAAUGAGGACAGUGAUAAUCAUGGUGCUAGAAGUAGUGAGGAGGAGGAGGAGGAAGAAGAGGAGGAGGAAGAGGACAGGAGGUUACACCAAGAAAGGAAUCAUGUUGUGCAAUCUUCCAGUCUGCUGAGGAGAGAACCAAUACAGGGCCAGGAGGGCACUGGUACAUGCUGAAUACACUGUGGAAUAUCAUGAUUUUGAUAACAUUGAUGAGCAACAAGGAAUAAACUUCAUGUCCCUUCCCUCCUUACUCAGAUAUGAUCUGUGUAAAAUUAAUAACAAUUGACAACAUUGUAUUUAUAAGCUUGACGUCAGAUAUGGCCUAUUGUCCUAUUCAAGUAAACUAAAUGUUGUCAGCUCUUUGUAUAUAGUUGAACAUGAUGGUCUCACUGGUGAUGAAGGUUUAUAAUUUGUCACAACCUUUGUCACUAUUAGGUCUGCUGUGCCAAUAAUGUUCACCUGGUGUUCCUUGUUCAUCUGCCCAUUUUGUCUCCAACUGGUGAUAACUGUUAUGUCCAGUCUGUGAUGGACUAAAAGGACGUAGAACAUGAAGCAGUUUGGGUGGUUUGCUUUUGAUGUUAGUUUUGCUUUAUUCACAAAAAUGGUUAUGUUUGAAUUGUUUAUUAUUGUAUUUAGAUAUGGCAUUAUUCAAGUAAAUUUGUCAAGUUGAA